CCAACGGGGGCGGAUGGAGCGUGUGGUUUCCAUGGACACCUAUGAGAGCAAACUUGUAAAAGUUUUGAAAUAGAAAAGAAACGUGAGAUACACGAAUAUCCCAGCCGGUGUCAUGGGGUUAUCACUGACGAGGGCAGCCCAGUGGACCACGACCAGCUCUGGUACUGGCAAACUUGAGCUCACGCCAAUGAAUGAGUCCUUGUUGAAAGAGGUCCUUCGCUUUGUGGAGCAGUUCUGCUCCCAACACCCACAGGAGGCAGAGCAUGUGUUUGAGGACCCUCUCCAGUGGAGUACCACUUUAGUGGCAUCUGAUUUCAAAACAGACUAUGACAUCAGUGACUUUGAUGUACAGUCCUACGAGAAAGACAGCGAAGGGCGUCCAUUGUUGCAGCUCUCCCCUCCUACUGUUUAUGUGCGCAGCUUCAGCCAGCUCUCCAAACUUGUUCAUCUGGCAGAUGAUAAGAAGCUGGAGGAGGUUCAAGCAUGUCUAGAAGAAAAUAAAGACCCCGUGGUUAAGAUUCUUGGUCCCAGCUUUGCCAGCAUCCUGGAGAAAGAAAAUGCCAAUACAGAUGUGCUAAGUCUGGUCGACAAAGUAAAAGAGGAAGAUCAAGGCAAGGAUUCUGAAGUCAAAGUCAAGCUGUUUCUCUUGCUCCAAAAUAUGGAUAACCAGCUCCUCAGCAAGUGCCUCAAAGAGAUAGACGAACAAGUCAGGCUGGACCCCGCCGCAGUGGAGAAUGAAGUGGAGCUGUUGAAACGGCUCUGCAGCGAAGGGGAAAAGAGGGUGUUGAAGUCGGUUCGAUACACAUCAGAUUAUGUAUUUUCAAACGGCUUCCGCGCCCCUCCGUGGAGACAGGCCCUUGAUGAGAUUUGUUACCUUGUGAUCGAGCCUUGUGACACCAAGACCCUCUACGUCACCUGCAGCACAGCUGGAGUUUUUCUCAAUGGGGGCAUAAAACAGGAGGGGGAGGAGAGCGGCUACGAGCGAACAAGUGAUCUGUACGAAGACCUGGGAACUCUUCUGAAGAGCACAUCUCCACAUUUUGCCGAGAACAUAAACAAGCAGGAUUUUGCAGUUCAAGAACUUCCAUUAACACAAAAGAUCCAGCAUGUGGAAUCGGUUGAUGCGGAGGAACAAGGCCAACCCCAGAGGUCUUACGAGCAACAGGAAAAGAAUGUGCAUGAGAAGGCGAGGCAACAGCAUGCACCGAACAAGGCAGGCGGCGAGAAGAAAUAUGAACCAUGUCCGAGGUGGAAGAAUCUCGGUCUCGUGUCUCCGUGUGGUGAAGCAGAGGAAAAGAAACGGAGUAAGAGCCCCGGAGAGGAGAAGUCUGGUGAAAUACAGAAGAAAAAGCUUGGAGUGGGAGCCAAGAGCAAGAUGAAAGCGGACUUCUCUGUGUCCUCUUUACCUGGACGCAUGUCCUCCCAGAAAAUUAAGACCCCAGCAGGAUCCAUGCCAGUGGACGCUCUCAGCGAAAGUUCAGCUGAGAGUGAGGAGGAGGAGGAGCAGCCAGAGCGCCGUCCAGAGAGUAACACAGACCUGCCUUCUGAAUACUGGCAGAUCCAGAAACUGGUCAAGUACCUCAAGGGAGGCGACCAGACGGCCACUGUGCUCACUCUGUGCGCCAUGAUGGACUUUAAUUUGAUGCAGGAGACGUGCCAACUAGCCAUCCGGGACGUAGGUGGCCUUGAAGUCCUCAUUAACUUGUUGGAUACAGAUGAAGUCAAAUGCAAAAUUGGAUCUUUAAAAAUCCUGAGGAAGAUAAGUCACAACGUGCAAAUCCGUCGAGCCAUUGUUGACAUGGGUGGCCUGCAGAGCAUUGUGAAGAUUUUAGACUCGCCAGUGAAGGACCUCAAGGCCUUAGCUGCAGAGACCGUUGCCAACGUGGCCAGGUUCUGCAGAGCCAGGAGAACCGUCAGGCACUAUGGCGGCAUCAAAAAACUGGUAAAGCUGCUGGACUGUGUUCCCAAUUUAGCCAGCCUGACUGCAAACCAGGAGAAGGACGUGGAAGUGGCUCGCUGUGGGGCUCUGGCUCUGUGGAGCUGCAGCAAGAGCACCAAGAACAAAGAGGCCAUCCGUAAGGCCGGAGGUGUCCCUCUGCUGGGACGCCUGCUCAAGUCCCCACAUGAGAACAUGCUUAUUCCUGUGGUGGGCACCCUGCAGGAGUGUGCCUCUGAGGAAAGCUACAGGAUUGCCAUUCAGACUGAGGGUAUGAUCAAGGACUUGGUCCAAAACCUAAGCAGUGACAACGAUGAGUUACAAAUGCAUUGUGCCAGCGCAAUCUUCAAGUGUGCAGAGGAUAAAGAAACUCGUGACCUGGUGCGCAAGUACAAAGGUCUGCAGCCGCUGGUUUCACUGUUGAGCAAGUCGGACAACAAGCAGCUCCUGGCCGCCGCCACAGGAGCCAUCUGGAAGUGUUCCAUCAGUAUGGAGAACGUGGCUAAGUUUCAGGAGUACAAAGCCCUGGAGACCCUCGUUGGCCUGCUGACUGAUCAGCCUGAAGAAGUUCUGGUAAAUGUAGUGGGAGCCGUUGGAGAAUUUGCCCAGAUACCUGCCAACAAGGCCACCAUACGCAAGUGUGGAGGCAUCAGGUCGCUAGUUAACCUGCUGACUGGAACAAACCAGGCUCUGCUUGUGAAUGUAACCAAGGCGGUGGGUGCCUGUGCUACUGAUAUGGACAACAUGGCGAUCAUCGACCAGCUUGAUGGAGUCCGCCUGGUGUGGUCCUUAUUGAAAAACCCCAGUGCAGAUGUCCAGUCCAGUGCUGCAUGGGCCCUUUGUCCAUGCAUCAAGAAUGCAAAGGAUGCAGGGGAAAUGGUGCGCUCCCUCGUCGGUGGGUUGGAACUGAUUGUUAAUUUGCUGAAGUCAACAAACAACGAGGUGCUGGCAAGCAUUUGCGCCGCCAUCGCCAAAAUAGCCAGAGACAAGGAGAAUCUGGCGGUCCUCACUGAUCACGGGGUUGUCCAAUUGCUGGCCAAGUUGACUAACACGACUGAUGACAGGCUCCGUCGCCACCUGGCUGAGGCCGUGGGCCACUGCUGCAUGUGGGGAAGCAACAGGGCGUCCUUCGGUGAUGCCGGAGCGGUGGCCCCCCUGGUGCGGUACCUCAAGUCAAAGGACAAGGCAGUCCACCAGAGCACGGCUUUGGCCCUGUACCAGCUGUCCAGGGACCCCAACAAUUGCAUCACCAUGCACGAGAAAGGGGUUGUCAAGCCCCUGAUCCACAUCAUGGGCUCUGAUGAUGAGAUGCUCCAGGAGGCUGCUGCUGGGUGUGUUCGCAACAUCCGACUGCUGGCCCUGGCGAAUAGGAAGGCCCAAUUAUUUUAUUGAGCCUCAGAGUUUGUUUUAAAUGUGUUUGAAAAAAGCUUAAAAUGAAUUUUAUGAAAAAAGUGUUACAAAUAUUAGUGGUUUGAAUAUG